CGGCUAUGGCCUCCGAGGGCCAACGCUCUCCCCAAACAAACACACCACCUCUCGAGGAUUCCCUGCUCGUAUGUCCAAUCUGUCUCGACGACCUCAAGAACGCGGUCGCGACACCAUGCGGCCAUGUGCACUGCGAGGAAUGUCUGAAGGACUACAUUAGACUCUCUGAGGACCCUCACUGGGCUGAAUGCCCUACGUGUCGUGCCAGGUUCUCGAUAGUGACACCCGAUCCCAGUCUCAUAGAGCCGAAAUACCGCCCAUUCUUCAGCCCUCCCUUACGACGGGUCUACGUCGACUCGCCACAACUCGAAUCAUACCAACAGCGAAUCUCCGCGCUCGAAGAGCGCGUUCACUCGCUCACAAACGACAAACAGGUGCUCAUUCAACAGUGCGGAGCCUCUCAUGACGAGGUGAGGGCAUGGCAGGCGAAAGAGACGCACACGAGGGUAAAAUGCCACCAAAUACUGGCACAGAAGCAGCAGGAGAUCAGCGAUCUCACGGUUCAGAUUAGAGAGGCCCAACAGGUAAUCAAAAUCAUGAGUUAUCCGCCCCCUCCAGUCGUCGAGGACCCUGCCCAGUCCUAUGUCACCGCCAUUCCCAUGAAACGGGCGAGCACAGACUACACUACCACCUAUCCUGACAACUCCUUCGGUACACAUCCCAACGUCAACUAUGUCCCCCAAUACGCCGAUGUCGACAAUCACAAGCGCCAGAGGAUGUCGUCGCAGGCGUCGACCUCCAAUGCCGAGAAUUUUCCAGUCCCCAUCGCCUACCGUCCUGAGAGUGUCGGCAGGGUGUCCGACGGGAGAUCGAGAAUGCCAUCCACUUCUCGAUCUCAACCUCAGCCCCAGCCUGCUCCUUCGAUGAACCAGUACGAAUUCUCGCAUGAGGAUGCACAAGAGUGGGCUGAGGCGUUGGGUGUAUGGCAGCAGGGAUAUGACCCUUCAACCUCCCAUUCCAAUGCGCAACCUGGUGGCAGUGGUCAUUUGGGCUGAAGCACGGACAUUGCUCGAGGGGGUAAACGCGAUGCUUCACAGCACGAUGGCACAGUUGGAUACGCUGCGAUCCUCUCAAUAAACUGUUCCCCGCACGACUGUUCCCCGCACGAUCGUUCCCCACACGAUCUUAUCGCUCACUAUUUUCUUUUCGUUGCAUAUUUUGGUCAGGUGCAUCAACGAUGUCUCUGGAUAUAGCGCAUCUAUUACUGUGUAUUUCUACUUUUGCUUACAUCCCAUUCCCGGUAUAAGUAUGUUUUGUCGAUUGCUGUGUCGUUAUCUCCUCAUUUUUUGCACUCCAUGGGUUAUGGCCACAAUCAAAUACUUACAUAUACCAAUUACUUACGAUAGUUCCGAUGAUAUGAUAUGACGGGCGCUGGAGGACGAGAUUAUGUGGUAGAAGUACGACGAUCAUCGACUCUCAUAAAUGAAAUCUACAUGCG